GGUGCCCAGGGUGCUCAGGGAUAUCCUGGGGAACUUGGACCACAGGGCCCUCCAGGACCUUCAGGCAUGCCAGGGAAAGCAGGACCUCCUGGACCUAAGGGUCUUAUGGGACUGAAAGUAAUAGGAACCAAAGGAAGAAAGGGUGACACUGGGUUAACUGGACCCCCUGGACCACCAGGAACCGUUAUUGUGACAUUAAGUGGACCAGACAACAUGACGGACUUGAAAGGAGAGAAAGGAGAAAAAGGAUCAAGAGGACUUCCAGGGCCAAUGGGGUUUACAGGGCCGGUUGGUGAUUCUCAAAGUGAGAAGGGUGACCGAGGAGAACCUGGACCGCAGGGUAAACCUGGAAGAGAAGGUGCCCCAGGUCCACCUGGCUUACCGGGACAAAAGGGUGAACAGGGCAAACCAGGACUGGCUGGCAGGCAAGGACCUAAGGUAUUGUCUAAUGGUUUUGUUGUUGCUUUUGAGGAUGAGGAUAAGACAGAGUAUUAUGAUAGUGCAACUGGUGAAAAAGGAGAUGAAGGACCCCCAGGACCUCCAGGACCAAAAGGUCAACGUGGAAUGCCUGGGCCACAGGGUCCUCCUGGAGAUGCUGGUAGACCAGGUGUGUCAAGACCUGGUCUGAGAGGUCCCCCAGGAUUUCCUGGGCCAAAAGGAACAAAAGGAGAGAAAGGAGAAACUGGCUUGUGUAUUGUAGGCCCUCCAGGACCACCUGGUAUUACUGGCAGACCUGGUUCUGUUGGAUUACCAGGUCCUCCAGGAGAACCAGGUAGAGUAACAUUUAGAACAGGCUUACCAGGGCUUCCUGGAGAGCCAGGGUGUACAGGACCUCCAGGACCUCCAGGAGACACUGGCGUGAAAGGUGAUGAAGCUUCCGUGUGUACUGAUUGCAGGUAUAUUCCGGGAGUACCUGGUCUUCCUGGUUCUCCUGGGCCACGUGGCCAGGAUGGCAUGCCUGGUAGAGAAGGAACAACAGGUCCAAAAGGUUCUCCAGGUUCUCCAGGAGCACCGGGGUUUCCAGGAGCUCAAGGACCACCAGGUUUUAGAGGAGAUCAAGGACAUAAAGGAUCAAAAGGUGAGCCAGGAUAUGUGUAUCCAGAAGGGCCAAAAGGUGAGCGAGGAGAUCCAGGGGCCAGAGGAGACAAAGGAAGAAAAGGUUCAAGUGGAUUUCUGGGAAGACCUGGCUCUAAAGGAUCCAAGGGUUCUAAAGGUGAAGAGGGAUUGGCUGGUUCAAAAGGAGACAGAGGACUACCUGGAUUGCCCGGCAGCCUUGGUCUUCCUGGAGAGAUGGGGCUUCCUGGACUGCCAGGAUAUGGACCACAAGGAAUAAGAGGUUUCAAAGGCUCUAAAGGAAUACCUGGCCCACCUGGAUUACCUGGAGAAGCUGGUCUGAAAGGAGAGACCAGUAGGAUAACUCCAUUACCUGCGUUGCCAGGACCUCAAGGACAACCUGGUUUACCUGGACCCCCAGGAGUGCCUGGUAGGGUUGGAGCAAGAGGUCAGCCAGGUGAUUCAGGACAUCCGGGGCCAACAGGUGACACAGGCUUUCCAGGGCUUGGAUUUCCUGGAAAUCCAGGUCCAAAAGGAGAUAAAGGACUUGCUGGAGGCAGAGGGUCACCAGGUUGUGAAGGAAAGACUGGAGAUCCAGGCCGAGCUGGAAACCUAGGACAACCAGGAGAAAAGGGUGACCCAGGCAUGGUUAUUCCUGGAGAACCAGGGGAUCGUGGCUCACCUGGAGUUCCUGGAGAUCCAGGAGGAAGAGGUUCACAAGGUUCAAAAGGAAAACUAGGUCCUCCUGGCUUGAGUAUCCCAGGAAUCUAUGGAAAACCUGGGGAACCUGGAUUAAUAGGUCUUCAGGGAAAUACAGGAUUGCCUGGUCCCAAGGGACAGUCUGGAAGACCAGGAAUCUCUGGUGUGCCAGGCGCGAGGGGAGAGCCAGGUACAAUGGGCCUGUUAGGAAUUCCUGGACCCCCUGGCAUGAUUGGAAGACCAGGCAACCCGGGUAUCAGAGGUUCUUCUGGCUUUCCAGGACUAAAGGGAAGAAAAGGGUUUCUUGGAGCAAAAGGCAAACCAGGUGAUAAAGGUUUUCCUGGACCAUCUGAGACUUUGGUUGGUAUUGGGAAUAAAGGAGAACAAGGCUUAAAAGGAGUUCAAGGAAGAAUGGGUCUAAAAGGAGAAAAAGGAGAUGCUGGUGUGCAAGGUCCCCCAGGUCUUGAUGGGUCUGAAGGAAUACCUGGUCUACCAGGUAUCAAAGGAUUUAUGGGUCUUCCAGGGAUUCCUGGAGGACAAGGAUUCCCAGGUGCACCAGGAGACAAAGGGGACAUGGGAAUUCCAGGUCCAAAAGGACAGAAGGGAUCUCCAGGCUUUCCAGGACCAUCAGGUGACCCUGGUCCACCAGGCUAUGGUGGCUUUCCAGGUAACAAAGGAGAUCCUGGGUACCCAUCUCCUGGGCCUCCCGGAGAACCUGGUCCAAAGGGAGAUCCAGGCCCCCCAGGAGUUUUGGGCAGCAAUGGAGAAAAAGGAUCCCAAGGUCAUCCAGGACAGGAAGGCAUACCAGGACCACAAGGGAUCAGAGGGGAAACUGGAGGUGUAGGAAUCCCAGGGAAGCUUGGACCUCCUGGAGGUAUUGGUGUUAAAGGACGGCAGGGCCGCCCAGGACAACAGGGUGUUGCAGGCCCUCCUGGUGCUGUUGGAGACCCUGGAAAAAAUGGUCUUGUUGGUGAAAGAGGUUUUCAAGGUCAGGAUGGUAUGCCUGGUCCCCCGGGAAUAAAGGGAGAACCAGGAGCACCAGGGAGAGGAAUCCCUGGCCUUCGAGGUAUUCCUGGUCGUAGAGGGGACAUGGGACUGCCUGGUUUUCCUGGGCCACCAGGUGUGAAAGGUCAUCGGGGUGAUCAAGGACCCGUUGGACCUCCUGGCUUAGUGGGGUUACCUGGAUUUCAAGGCACAACAGGCAUGGCAAUUACUGGCCAAAAAGGGAACAGAGGUGUUGCUGGUGCAGAUGGAAGACCAGGUGCUCCUGGUUUUCCAGGGCCUCCUGGUCUUUCCACUCCCAGCAUGAAAGGAAGCAAAGGUGUUAGAGGGGCAGAUGGCAUACCAGGGCCAACAGGCCCAGCCGGCGACAUUGGUCUUCCCGGUCCAAAAGGAAUAGAAGGUCGAUCAGGUUAUCCUGGUGCUAGAGGGGACCCUGGAUUUCGUGGAUUUCCAGGUGUAAAAGGAGAAAAGGGUAAUCAAGGACCUCCUGGACCACAAGGUGCAGAAGGGCCAAGGGGACCAAAGGGCCAGCGUGGUCCACCCGGAGUCCCUGGGAGAAUAUUCUCCAUCCCAGGAAGCAAGGGUCCUCCUGGACUGCCAGGAAUCCCAGGAACACCGGGUGAUCAAGGAAUUCAAGGGAUUCCUGGACUACAAGGACCUAAAGGAGUAAAAGGCCUACCAGGAAGUUUUGGUCAUCCAGGUCAACCAGGACCACCUGGUCCAAAAGGAGACAGGGGAUUUCCAGGACAAAGAGGACAACCUGGACUGAUUGGCUUUCCAGGUCUGCAGGGGUUACCUGGAUCACCAGGUACUACCAUUGCCGGUCCAACAAGAAGAGGUUUUAUCUUUACCCGGCAUAGUCAAUCAACAAAGAUUCCUUCAUGCCCACAUGGGACAUCGCAGAUCUAUGUCGGCUAUUCACUGCUUUUUGUACAAGGAAAUGAACGAGCCCAUGGCCAAGAUCUUGGAACAGCUGGUAGCUGCUUGCAGAGAUUUUCCACCAUGCCAUUCUUAUUCUGUAACACCAAUGAUGUUUGUAGUUUUGCUUCUCGCAAUGACUAUUCAUACUGGCUGUCAACUGCAGCAGUAAUGCCAGUGGACAUGGCACCAAUUUCUGGCAGGGCACUAGAGCCCCACAUAAGCAGGUGUGUUGUUUGUGAAGGAGCUGCAAUGGUAAUAGCAGUUCACAGCCAAACAACUGUAGUUCCUGCAUGUCCAGAAGGCUGGAUAUCUCUCUGGAAGGGUUUUUCUUUUGUUAUGUAUACAAGUGCCGGCUCAGAAGCUUCUGGCCAAGCAUUGGCAUCUCCUGGAUCUUGUUUGGAAGAAUUUCGAGCCAUCCCAUUCAUAGAGUGCCAUGGUAGGGGGACCUGCAACUACUACACAAAUUCCUACAGCUUCUGGUUGGCAUCAUUAAAUCCAAGAAGAAUGUUCAGGAAACCUCUGCCACAGACUUUGAAAGCAGGAGAACUAGAAAAUAUCAUCAGCCGUUGUCAGGUCUGCAUGAAGAGACCAGUCUAA